AUUAUAAAAAGUAAUUAUUUUUGAAAAGCAAACUCAAUAAAAUAAAAAAAAUAAAAAUUAUUAUUAAAUCUUGUUUUUUGAAUAUCGAUUACACUAAACGAGUUACAACGCAUAAUAAAUAUUUUAUUUGACAUUUUGAAGCGGACUCCUUAAACGUAGUUGUGAUUGCUUUUGGCAAAUAUUUUCACAAAAUCGCCUGAUAGCAUAAGGCCAGGAUUUUGAAGGAUUUUAUGUCGUAUUACGAGGGAAAUAAAACUAUGUCAUGAUGGAACCUAUGACUGCAUUAGUUUUAGCUUUUCAAUUACUGGCACUUUUCUCCAUAGCCGGAGCUUUAAUUAUUUAUCUGAUUUGUAAAGUUCGCGAUGAUGAUGUUAAGAGGAGUGAGCCAUUAAAGUCGAAUACGGUUUUGGUAACCAGUGCCGAUACUGCUUUGGGUCUGCAAUUAUGCACACAUUUGGCUAAUAAAGGUUGCUGUGUUAUAGCCGGUAUGCGUGACGGUGUGAAUAGUUUACCAGCAAAAUUAUUGGUUGGUUGGUUGAAAAUGCGUGAAUUCACUGAGGCACCGGUCUGUGGCACAAUUAUACCUAUACUAUUGGACGUAACACGCGAGGAUAUAUUACGUGAUGCUACGUCAACUUUAGGUUCACAUUUAUGUCCGGGGGAACAGGGUAUUGCCGCGGUUAUUAAUACCAGCGGUACUUUCUGCAAGGGACGGAUUGAAACACAAGAGUUAAAUCAGAUGGAACAAAUGUUUAAAACGAAUAUAUUGGGCUCAUUGCGUAUAGCUAAGGCAUUCGUUAGCUUCUUGCGUCCAACACGAGGUCGUUUGAUUUAUUUGGGUGCUGGUAGUAGUGGCGGUAACUCAGAAGGUAUGAUCGCCUACCAUGUAUCGCGUGUAGCCACCGAUAAAUGUGUGCAAGAGUUAAGGCGCGAAUUGCAACCGUUCGGUGUGAAUGUAGUGUUUUUGGACACUUGCGGUUUGCAUGCCGAGACGCUCUAUAAACCGCCAACCGCACAAAUCUCCAGUGGUGCCCCAACAACCUACACAGCUAACGUUUUAAGUUCAAAUGCUUUGCAUGUAGUGGAGCGAUCUCUAUGGGAUAAUGUACCACAUGAACGUUAUUCUUUAUUGGCUUCUAAUAAAUAUCAUUUCACACUGCCAUGCCGUUCUUCCUUGCGUCUAAACAACAAGAACAACAACGCCGAUAACAAUUCCAACAACCUGAAUAACAAUAAUAAAAGACGACAAAACUUUUCUUUAAUAAUGGGUGCAGUACAACGCGUUUAAAAAUUUUCAAAA